GCGUGAUAUAUUGAAUAUUGUUAUAUGUAAACUGUUAACAUAUUCGUGGAAUACAUUUGGAGGAUCAAUUUCAAAGUAAAAAACUCCAUCUGCAUCAUUUAAUUUCUUAUAAAAAAAUAUUCAUUUCGAAUUUUCAAUAUUUCCAAGAAUAAGUGGAGAUAGUGCUACAUAAUACAUAGUAUAUGAUACAUAGUACAUGUAUAUAUAGUAUGUAUCACUAGAGAUAGUAUAUUCAUAAAAAAUUGCUUAAAUAAAGGAAUGCAAGUUUGAUUGGUUACUUCUGAUAGAUCCAAUAAAUUCAUAAAAAGAGUAAACAAUAGAAAGAAGUAAAGGAAUAAUCUUCUGCUGUUGUUAGCCAUAUUUUCGUGGAUGUAUUUAUAAUAUAUUUAGUUUCUCCCGCACAGUAUUAUUUUAAAAGUGAACUAUUUUAAUUAAAAAAUAACUUGUUGAGAUUUAAAUAUUUCUUAUUUUUUCUUAUAUUUUUAUUUAUAUUGCGGAAAAAAAAUGUUUAUUUAAUUAUUUUAAAUGAAAUGUUUUAUUUAUAUUAUAUAUUAUAUUAUGUAUUAAUAUUAAAUUUUAUUUCUGCGCAGUUUUUUGAUUUUAAAACUGAUAUAUACAUUGUUUAUAAGUUUUUUAAAUAUGUUAUAAGAAAUAAAAUUCACGUAAUAUUUCUAAUUUAGAGCAAAUACCAUGUCAAAAAAAAACAAAUCAUCUAAACAUAAAAUUUGCUGCUUCUGUAGAUCAUCACAAAAUAAUGAAUUGGAAUUUGGAAAAUUUUAUAAAGAUGGUAACAUUGUUACACAUUAUUAUUGUUUGCUUUUAUCAUCAAAUAUGCAACAGAGAGGAAAAGAUGAUCAAGGUAUUUUAGGAUUUUUGAAAACAGAUAUACAAAAAGAAAUUCGCAGAGGAAAAAGACUGGUAUGUUCAUAUUGUAAAAAAUCUGGUGCCACUUUGGGAUGUUGCAAUGCAAAAUGUAAAAAAAUAUUUCAUUAUCCUUGUGGGUUAAGGGCUGGUACCUUAAAUCAAUUUUUUGGUGAAUUUAGGUCAUAUUGUAUAAAUCAUAGACCAAAACAAAAAAUAGAUACUCAAGUUAAACGUGAAUUAACAAAAACGAAUGAAAUAGUAUGUUAUAUAUGUUAUGAGGAAGUGGAUUCUUAUGAUACAGUUGAUACAAUGUGGGCUCCAUGUUGUAAAAAAAAUGCAUGGUUCCAUAGAAAAUGUGUACAGCAACUUGCUAUGAGUGCUGGAUACUUUUUUAAAUGUCCUUUAUGUAAUGAUAAAAAAUUGUUUCAAAAAGCAAUGUUAGAAUUUGGUAUUUUUAUUCCAAGUCAAGAUGCUUCAUGGGAACUUGUACCCAAUGCAUUUGAAGAACUUUUAUAUAGACAUGAUCAAUGUGAUGCUUCUGUAUGUCUUUGUCCUAAAGGAAGAAAAUAUACAAGUUUUAAUGCAAAAUGGAAAUUAACACUUUGUCGUACUUGUGGUUCACAAGGAAUUCAUAUGGCUUGUGGACAACUUAAAUGGACUAAUCCUGUUUGGGAAUGUAUAGAGUGUAUUUCUAUUCUAGGUAAAUCUAAAGAAACUGCUAGUUCAAGUUCAAUAAGAGAUACAUUAGAGAAUGUUUCUGAUACAGAUGAUUCAAACAGUGAUAUUUCUGUUGGUAAAGAUUCACCUGUACCAUUUAUAUCAAAUUCACCACUUAUAAGCUCCACAUUACAAAUGUCAACUAUUAAAUUACGUCCUGGUCCUCGAAUUUAUAAAUUAAAACAACUUGAAGCAAAGAAAGAAAUGCAAAACAUUAAUAAACAACAAACCAACGAAAAUAUAAAUAUGUUGAAUUUAACAAAUAUGGAACAAUAUAGUUUACAAUCCACAAGCAGUAAUGAAAUUUUUACGAAUGUGUCAAGUUCGAUAAAUGAAGACAAUAUCAAUUUUUCAAUUCGACAUUCCAAAUCGCACUUGGAUGAACAAGCUAAUAAUAUACUUACACUUGAUAAUGUUAAUAGCAUUAUAGAGGCCAAUAAAUGUACUACAUUAAAUGAUAAAUUUGUUAUUGAGGAUAAUGAAAAUGAAAAAAAUUAUGUAUCUGAAUUUAAAGACGUUAAAAUUGAAUUUAAUAAAAAUAAUAUUGUAUAUGAUUCCAUUCCAUCAAAAAUAGAAAAAUUACAAAAUAAUUUAAAUCAAAAUAAUAAUAAGAAUUUUCAAAUGAAUAAUUUAAAUUUAAUUGAAUCGGAUAAUUUAAGAAAAUUCAAUUUACAAAAUAAGACAAAAUCUAAUAUUUUAGAUGAUAAAAUAAAAUUAAAUCAUGAAAAUGAAUAUAUUUAUAGUGAUUUUGUUUCAAAUAUUAAAAUUACAAAUGUAGUUUCAUUGGCACCUGAAGAAUUUGAAAAUGUAACAUCUGAUGAACAAAAAAAAAUCAAAAAUCAAACAUCACAAAAUAGAAAUUCAAUAUCAUAUGAAAAUGAUAUUUUGGAAUCAAAUUUGAAAAGGAAAUGUGACAAAAUUACAAUGAAUCCAAUAAUAUCAUAUACAAAUGAACCUAAAAGAUUGAAAAAAAGUAACAGUGUAAUAGGAGAGACAUCAAAAUCAUCAUGCAUUUCUACAAAUGCUUUGAUAAAUGUUUCAUCUAAUAAAAAUAAUUUGCAAGUUAUUCCUUAUAAUGAAAAUAAUACUAUGAAUGAUUUUAACAUACAGAAUAGAGAAUCACAUAUUCAGAUUAAAAAAAAUUGUAAUAUCUAUGAAGAUAUACUGUGUACAUCUAAUACAAAAUGUUUACCAAAAAUUGAUAUAUCAAAUAAUUUAUUACAUAAUAAAACUGAUUUAACACAUGAAGAAAAUACUUAUACAUAUAUAGGUAUUACAAAUGAUGCAAAUAAAGAAUUUGGAAAUAUUAAAAUUGAUAGUAACAUAAAAAAUUGUGAUGAAGAUGUAAAUACUAAUUCUACUAGAGAAUCAAGAGAUAAAAUUUUUACAAAUGAUAUAAGGAUCAAAAAUACUGAUAAAUCUGUAAAUUUAGACCAUUUGAAAUCUAAAAAAUCACAAAAAUUAGAACAAUGGAAAUCUCAAAAUAAUAUCGAAAUGGUUAAUGCAAACUAUAGAAUAUCAAACAAUAAAUUUCAUGAUAUAUGUUGGCAAGAGAGAAAUAAAACUAUAGAUUAUAAUAAUUCUCAAUUAAUACCAGAAUAUGUACGUUUACGAGAUCUUAAAUUUCGUGUACAUAAUAUAAAUAAUCUACAAAUGAUCUUGUACAAUAAAUUUUCUGUAAAUAUUAAUAUGGAAUGUAAUAUUUCAUCUGCUUAUACUGAAGAUAAAAAUACAUAUAUAUUUAAUGAACAAUCUAAAAAUUAUCAAGAUGAUACAAAAGAAAAUUUAAAUCCAGAGACAAUUUCUUGCAAAAAUAUAACAGAUGAUUUAUUAAUGAACACAGAAUUAAAUAUAAAUGAUUCAAAUGUUUUUAUAAAUAAUAAUGAGAAUGAAAAGAUCACACAAUCUAAUUUGUUUAAAAUAAUUGAAAAUAAUAAUGAAGGAUUAAAUAAUGAAAAUAUUAAUUUAAUUGAUAACAUUGAAAAUAAUUUUGAUACUACAAUAAAUUAUAAUGAUAAUUAUAAUAAAGAAAUGAACGAUAUAAAACAGAAUAUUCCAAAUUUAAAUUUUGAUAAUAUAACAGACAAUUCACGUGAAGUACAUAAUAUAAUAGAAAAAGACUUGAAAAAUAAUUCUUAUAAUUCAACAAAAUUAAUUCAACAUGUAUUAUUUCUUGAAAAUCAUGCAAAUAAAUCAGGAAACAUGAAUAAAAAAGAAUUUAAAGUAAGUAUUGAUUUAAAGAAGAUAAAAAAUUUUGUUGAUAAUAAUCCAGAUUUAUUCUCAAGAUAUAAAAAAGAAGAUAAUGAAUGGUGCAUUGAACAAGCUUUUUUAAAAGAAACAAAUAAUAUAAGAAAAAAAUUUAAUUUAUCAGAACACAUAAAAAAUUUUCAGACAUAAGAUAAAUAAAAAUCUUGAAAACUUUAUACUAUUAUGAUAUAAAUGUAUAUAUUUAAAUAAAAUAUAAAUGUAGAAUAUUAGAAUUAACAAAUCACAAUGUUGAAACUAUAAAAAAUAUUAAAGAUAAAAAAUUUUUUCAUUAAAUUUACAUAUUAAUAUUUAAUCAAAUGAAAAAUAUAAUAACAAAGAAAUUUUAAGAAGAUAAAAUAGAUAAUAAAAGAUAAUAAAAAUUUAAAGAAAAUAUAUAUUUUAUGAAUAUUUAUAAUAUAAAUAUGUAUAUAAAAAUAUUUUAAAGCUAAAUCUUAAAAAAAUACUUAUUUAUAUUAUAUUAUUUAUUGUUUAAGUUAAAAAAUAUGUUUAAAAAAAGUAUGUUUAUAUUAUAUUUAUUUAUAAUAAGUAUAUUAUCUUUAUAGUAUCUAUAUAAAUAUAUUAAUAGUAUCUAUAUAAAUAAAUAUUGUAUAUAAAUAUGUACAAGUAUAUUGUCUUUAUAGUAUCUAGUAAAAUAUCUAUGUAUUGAUUAUGUAAUAUUUUAAAUAUUUAUAUAAUGAUAAUAUAAAGUUUAGAUAUUAUGAAAAUAUUUAGUAGAUAUUAUGAAAAUAUAUAUAUAUAUAUGUAGAAUAUUAAUAUAUAUGUGAAAUUUUUUGGGAUGUUAAUUUUAAAAAUCAAAACAAAUACAAAAAUUAAUAUAUAAAAAUAUUGGAAUUGUUAAAAAUUUUUUAUUAAAUUAUAAAUUGCAUUUUGUAUUAGAACAAGUGCUCGCAAUGAACUGAAAGAAAAAUAGAGUGAAAUUUAUUUGAUGAUUCUGGCUUCAUUAUAGCGCUAUCAUCCUCUAUUUUAUUUAAAUUUUUUUUCCGCCAAUUUAAAUUGUUUAAUUUAAUAAAUAAAUCUUAUGAACAUUUUUAUAUAUCAAUUUUUGUAUUUUGAUCUUUAGAAUCAAUUCUCCUAUAAUUGAGCCAUGAAUAUAUUAAUAUUUUAUGUAUGUAUUAUACAUGAAUAAUACAAUUAAAUAGAAAAUGAAUAUAAAUUGAUAAUAUUAAUAAUAUUAUAAUAAUGAUAAUAUUAUAAAUAAAUAUAUAAGAAAAUAUAUAUUAGAAUUAUAUAUAAGAAAAAAUAAAAAUUAUUAAAAUUUAUUUUCAACAAAAAAUCAAAUUUGAAAAUUAUUUAGAAAAUUUUUUAAUUAUUAAAUUAUUCAUAUACAUACAAAAUAUACAUAUAUAUCAAAUUUUGAAAUUUAAUGUUCUUAAAAAUGAAGUUUUAAGCAAAAAAUUUUAUUGUAUUUUUAUGAUUUAUUUUUAUAGAAUAAUUUGUUAUCUAAUUGUAUUAUUCAGUUUAAAAUAUUUCAUGUAAUGAUAAAUAUAUUAUUCUGUUUAUUAUUUUAUUUUAAUUAUAAAUGAAAAAUAUUAUACAUUUAUACUAAUGAAAUUAUAUUUCAAUUCUGUAUUUAAUUUUAAUUUUGAAAAUAUUUAUAAUAUAAAUUUAUUUGAUUUGCCA